UGGUACAGGGAGGACGUGCGUCUCGCCGCGCUCGCACACACCUGUGGCAUCGCGUAGACAGAGACAGAUAUACGUGCGUAGUGUUCUCGUUUCGCUCGCGUCGUGCGUUCGAUUUUUGUUUUUGUUUGCGAAUUUUGGAUCACAGUGGCAGUUGAAGUGUUGUGUCAGUGAAUGAUCCUUAACCAACGUCAAAAUAGAGAGCAACACUUCCAUUCACGGCUAAUAAGAAAAUGACAAAGUGUAACGUAACUCCGCGCGUAGUGUUAGUGACAAAGUGACUAGUGCGUAGUGUCGGAUUUAGUGGAAUAUGUGCAGGUGAUUAAAAACUGGAACUUUAAUAAAUUAUGCAGUGUUCGGUUGUAGUUAAAAAUAAUAGUUAUUUGUGCCAAAAUGAGGAACGUCAUCGCUGUAUUGGGCGUGCUGGUCUGCGUCGCUGGCUUCCAGCAACAGUACUUCAGAAUCGUACCUCGGAGCUUACGAGUGCAGGAAGGCAAUGAAGCCGUGCUAGAAUGUGCUGUGGCCAAUCUAGCUGGUCAGGUACAAUGGGCCAAGGACGGGUUUGCACUAGGCUUCUCAUCUGUGAUCCCCGGAUAUCCUCGCUACACAAUGUUCGGCGACCGGCGACACGGUGUCUACAAUUUGCGCAUUGUGAACGCGAGUUUAGAAGAUGACGCCGAGUUUCAGUGCCAAGUGGGACCAGCGCAGAUGCAUAAGGUCAUACGCGCCAACGCCUCCCUAACUGUUAUAUCGCCACCCACGGCUGUGGAGAUAACGAAUCACCCGCCAAACUCGAAGAUAGAAGUGAAGCAGGGUGAAACAGUAUCUUUGGAGUGUAUGGUGAAGAAUGCGAAGCCAGCUGCCAAAAUCGUGUGGUACAGGGGUAACGUGGAGUUUAAGGGAGAUAAAGUUUCGAAGGAAGAUGUGAAGGAAAUCGAGAGUCCAACUGGUAAUCCAAAGAUGACAAGAUAUACAACAAUAUCAAGGAUAAAAUUCGAAGCAUCUUCAGAUGAUGACUACGCAGACUUCACAUGCGAAGCAAGGCACGAAGCACUUCAACGGGACUCGCCGAUGCGAAGCACUGUACAGCUGAGUGUAUUAUACCCACCUGGAGCUCCGUACAUUGAAGGUUACGCGGAAGGCGAGACAGUCCGCCGUGGACAGAGCUUGGAGCUGGUCUGCAGGAGUCGAGGCGGAAACCCACCCGCCCAACUCAUCUGGUACAAGAACGGUGAACAGAUCCGUAUGGCUUACAGAACGAGCGGUAGAAUGUCGGAGAAUGUUUUAUCAUUCAAAGCUGAUGCAUCAGAUAACAAGGCGAGGUACACGUGCGAGGCAAAGAAUAUAAUGAUCAGCAACACGCUGAAGGCAGAAAUUGACCUUACAGUACUAUUCGCACCAUCCCACGUCACCAUCUCUGGUCCUUCGGAGGCAAGAGUCGGCGAUCCUGUACCAUUAAGCUGCAGCACAGCACCUUCGAAUCCUGCUGCUGAUAUCAAGUGGCUGGUGCUGGGGAAACAUCAUAAGGAAGCUAGUAACCGUACUGUUAUAUCACCUGAAGGAGGAUGGAUUACCACAUCUAACAUAACGGUGGUAGUGGAACCGAACCGGCGAUCCAUCGUUGUGGUAUGCCAUGGUAUCAACGCCCAACUCACGGAGAAUGUAGUAUCCACUCACACCAUCAAUGUUCUAUAUCCACCCUCGGCCCCUAUGAUCACUGGCUACAUCCCCGGGACAACCCUUGCUGCUGGUACUGUACAGAAACUAUCCUGCAUAUCAAGUGGCGGAAACCCCCUGGCGACGCUCACGUGGUUUAAAAAUGAUAAAAAGAUUCAUGCAGUGACUAAAACUACGGACAAAUCCGUGUCGAGUGAGAUAUCUAUAUUCACAAACGUCACAGACAACCAAGCUCAAUAUCGAUGUGAAGCUACAAACAGCGCCACAGAAAUACCCUUGUUCGAGACUGUCACGUUAAAUGUACAUUUUGCUCCUGAAGCUGUGAAGGUUAGAGCUGAACCUGAAGAGUUGAAGCCAGGAAACGAAGCAACCUUAUACUGUGAUGCUGCGUCCAGUAACCCACCAGCAACCUUGACUUGGUGGCGAGAUGGAAUACCUGUUCAAGGUCUUCCAAUGCAACUGAAGAAAGGUCUACAUGGUGGAACAGUAUCGACGAUAGAAUUAAAACUGAACAUCACAAAAGAUUUAAACGGAGCAGUGUACACAUGCCAAGCAAUGAACGAGGUGUUGCAGAGAAGUGUUCAUGAUGCACUGGCGUUAAAAGUAUUAUAUGCGCCAAUAUUUGAUGAAACUACACCUGACACAACAGUGGGAGUUGAGAAUGAGCCUCUUAUUAUAGUGUUGAGAGCAGAUGGAAACCCCGGCAGCAUCACAUACACUUGGACCAAGGAUGGACUGCCUAUUGCUCAGUCAUCAUACACUACAAGUGAGAGAAUAGUCUCUGAAGGCAGUAUGCUGAACAUCACAAGAUUGUCAAGACAUGAUGCAGGAGUUUACAUUUGUGAAGCAGUUAACUCGCAGGGUGCAGCCGUCGCUAACAUUUCAGUAUCCGUUCAUUAUUCAGCCAGUAUAAAGUUUGUUGGUCAAACUGCUAUAGUGAAUCCAAAUGAAGAUGUAACAUUAUCGUGCGCAGCUACAGGCAAUCCACUAACAGCAGAUCACUUCAAAUGGGAAAGGAAUGGGCAUAUUUUCGAUAAUAAAGUUGUAACUUUUGACGCUAAAAAUUUUACAAGUCACCUUCAAGUGUUGAAAGCAACAAGAAACGACGUGGGAGAUUACAAGUGUAUUGUUGAUAAUGGUAUAGGAGAGAAGGCGAGUCAAGAUGUCAUGCUAGUAGUUAAAUUCAAGCCUGAAAUGGACUCAUCACCCAGUCUCGUGAAAUCUGCGUCCAAUGUUGGACAAGUGGGAAGGUUAACAUGCAAAUGUAAAGCAGCUCCUGCGCCUAACUUUACGUGGUCCAAAAACGGCGCUAAACUACCAGUGAACACAUCGACCAAAUAUUUCGCUGAAUUUCAUAAAAUUGACGCAGUAACGUACACCUCUGUAUUGCUUGUAAAUGAUGUUACAACAUCUGACUAUGGGUCUUUCGAGUGUGGAGCCAGAAACGAUUUGGGAUUCAGCACUACUUCUGUGAAAUUGGAUAUCACUAGUGCUCCAGAUCAAGUAAUAUCAAUGACUGUUACCAACAUAACUCACAACUCAGUGACAGUGGAAUGGGUGCCAGCUUUCGAUGGAGGUCUACCUUCUUGGUACAGGAUAAGAUACAGGAAAAUAUACGACGAUUCCUACAGAUAUGAAGAUGUAACUCCUAGAAAUGCAACAACGUACACUGUUGUUAAUCUGGACAGGAAUACAGACUACGUGUUCUCUGUUAUGGCCAUAAACAAGAUUGGACAAAGCAAAUACAGGCCCGACGACACCAAAGCUACUACACUUACUUCGUCCGAAGUAGGGGAACUGAACGUAGUACCCACUGAGUAUGUUGAGCCGACUGACAUGUCCAAGUCUGUAACGUUAUACGUGACAUGCAGCGGGGCACUACUAGUGUUACUGAAUGCUGCAUUUAUUGCUUGUUUUAUUUUAAAGCGUCGCUCUCGCAGACUGAAAGAACAAGCCGGCCAGUCAUCCAAGUCUGCGACCAUAGAAAUGUACGCUCCAUCAUCAUACAAUGACACCAUGACGGGAGAAACCCUGAGCUCGGUGUCGGAAAAGUCAGAAACGUACUCCCAGGAUGACGGCGAUGAUCGUCAGCCACCACCGAUUCCUGAGGUUCCGUCGAUGCCCAACAGGCAUAUGUUGAGUCAGCAAACCGACGCGUACCUAAUGGAUGAUCAGGGUCUAGUCAUCCCCCCUCCCCUGGACUACCCCCCACCAAACUAUGCAGUGUACGAGGGAGACCACGCGCGGACGUUACCUCACCCCCACAGGCAUAAGGAUCUCAGUGGUCACAGUACAUUGGGAAGGAGUGCUGGUAAAAACUAUAUACCAGCCCCGAGCCCUAUGCCCCCUCUCGACGGCUCCUAUUACAAUAUGUCGUCGGAUAGAUAUCUGUCAUAUCCACCCCUCAUAUCCGAAUAUUUACACCAGCAACAAACGGGACGGACCCCCACGCCUCCGCAGCAGUACGCCCCGCAGCCGGUACCGAAGCCCCACCUCAUGAACGGCGCGCUCCCGGGGGGGUCGCCCUCGCACGUCGCCAGCCCCCCACUCUCGUAUGGACUUGAUGCUCUAGACAGACAGUCAACUGGCGGGACGUUGAGACGACAGAGACUCGAAAAGAUGGCAGUUCCACCACCCGAUGUCACGGUACUUCAUCAGGGUAACUGCACACAGCACCCUCAAUUACCACAGACGCCGGCUCCAGUGAAACAACCCCAGUCCAUACUGAAAGACCCUUCACGGCACAAAUAUGGCAACCAAUACGGUAGCCCCAUCUCCUCGAGCACCCCCCAGAACAGCAAUUCAAGUCAAAUUCUCACCGUUCAGAAUUUGACCUCCGACGUACCCCAAUACGGCACAAUUAGGAAAGAAAAGAAACAAAACGUGACAAUUGACGAAUCCUACAACAAAAGAAGUGAAACUCAUGUGGUAUAAACAAACUGACCUUGUGCUGUGUGCAUUUGUAUAUAAAUUACUAGUAUAAUAUUUUAGAUAGAUAUAAAAAUUCAUUGAAUGUGAUAUACUGAAGUGCAAGUGUGCGUUUAGAUAGAAAAUAGUGUCUCAAAAAGACGUCGCGACAAACAUUAAUAAUAAAAAGACAGUUUGAAAAAACAUAACUCGUAAUUAGCAUGGACUUAAGUGAGUAACCGUGUCAAGAGGGACAUUCUUGUACCGUGUAUGGCUCGCCUUAUGCAUGAGUGGUUUAGCCCAAUAGUCAAAGUUACUCGGGUUGUGUGUAUGAUGAUACGACUGACUUAUCAUUAAAAUAAGCCAAGAUAACGUCCAAACCGACAUUGUAGGUAUGUUAAUGACAUUUUUAAUUGUCCAAUUAUAUGAGAAAUCAUUUUAGGAAUUAGGGCUAUAUUGCAUGUGAUUUGUCAAAUUGUGGCUUAAAAAUCUCUGAUAUAUACUCAAUAUAAUUAUUAAUAAAUGAACUGGUUUGAACAUAGUCAGCUCGUGAUCACGGCGAAACGUCGAGAGAGGUAA